UCUGGGAAAACACCAAAUGGCGGAUGACACCGGUCCUGCUGGAGGGCCAGGAGGGCCCCGAGGCCCUGGAAUGGGAGGCUUUGGCGGCUUCCGCGGAGGCUUCGGCAGGCAGCGGAUCCCGGGCCGGGGCCGGGGCAGCGGAGCUCAUGGAGGCAAGGCUGAGAACGAGGAGUGGAUCCCCAUCACCAAGCUGGGCCACCUGGUCAAGGACAUGAAGAUCAAAUACCUGGAGGAGAUCUCUCUCUUCUCCCUGCCCAUCAAGGAAUCUGAGAUCAUUGACUUUUUCCUGGGGGUGUCCCUCAAGGACGAGGUUUCAAAGAUUAUACCUUUGCGAAAGCAGACCCACGUUGGCCAGCGAACCAGGUUCAAGGCAUUUGUUGCCAUCGGAGAUUACAAUGGACACGUCGGUCUGGGUAUUAAGUGCUCCAAAGAGGUAGCCACUGCCAUCCGUGGGGCUAUCAUCCUGUCCAAGCUUUCCAUGGUUCCCGUGUGGCGAGGCUACUGGGGGAACAAGAUCUGCAAGCCCCACACUUUCCCAUGCAAAGUGACAGGUUGCUGUGGCUCUGUGCUGGUGCACCUCAUCCCUGCCCCGAGAGGCACUGGCAUUGUCUCAGUCCCUGUGCCCAAGAAGCUGCUGCUGCUGGCUGGUAUUGACUGCUACACCUCAGCCAGGGGGUGCACUGCCACCCUGGGCAACUUCACCAAAGCUACUUUUGAUGCCAUUUCCAAGACCUACAGCUAUCUCAUGCCUGACCUUUGGAAAGAGACUGUGUUCACCAAGUCUCCCUAUCAGGAAUUCACUGGUCUUGUAAAGACCCAACCCAGAGUCUCCGUGCAGAGGACCCAGGCUCUGGCUGUGGUCACCUCACAAGAAAAAUAA